AUGUUACUUUCUCUGUUUAUCUACUUUUUUAUAGCAUUCAUACCAUAUCUUGCAUCAUACAUCGGCUUGGGUAUUGCUUGGCUUGAUAUCCAAAAGUACUUCCAGCGCUCAAUUUUAUUCUUCGUCGGAUUUGGUGCUAUUAAGAUUUUCUACUUAGCUGCAUUAUCACCAAUUGUUGAAGGACAUGUUAUACAAUCAUUCAUUGUUAAUAUGCUUAUCACAUCGUUCGAGUUUAUCGCUUUUUACAAAGCUUUAUGCACAAAAAGCUUCAAAGGCUCAAGGGUCAUUACAUACUUCUGGGCACUCUUCACAGUGAUUACUAACACAUUUUUCACAAUUUUAUCAAAUUUUCGCUCAUACGAAAUAGAAAUUAACCAUAUUAUCUAUGCUUUUGCUGCUUCCCAAUAUCUUUUCCAGUGGGGUGCUGCUCGCAAUAUAGCAUUAGGAAUGGAUAAUAGAUACGGAUUUUUCAAAUCAAAAAUCCCUGUUUUUCGCCAAAUUUUCAUUUUAUUAUUGGGUCUUCCAAACGCCUUCGGAUCACUUGAAGGAAUUUCAUGCUUACCAUCGUUUAUACCAAAUGUCCUCCGCAUUGCAUCAGCCGUUUUGUUAUAUCUUUUCUCUUCUUUAUUACCAAGAUAUAAGGCCGAAAAGAAGCAUUAA